AUUUCAUUAAUAUUAGCAACAAUUCGCUCACAAAAUAAAAUUGCACUUGCACUCGCUUCGUCGGGAAUCGCAGCAACUUUGCUUGAAGGUGGUCGAACAGCCCAUUCAGCACUAAAAUUGCCAUUAAAUAUGCAUAGCAAUGAAACUCCAACCUGCAACGUUUCGAAGAACUCUGCAAUGGCAAAGGUUUUGCAGCAAUGUAAAUUGAUUGUUUGGGAUGAAUGCACGAUGGCACAUAAAAAAUCUUUGGAGGCUUUGGACAGAACCUUAAAAGAUCUACGGAGCAAUAAUAACCGAUUUGGUGGUGCAAUGAUUUUAUUAGCAGGAGAUUUUCGUCAAACAUUGCCGGUGAUUCCACGAUCAACGCCAGCUGAUGAACUCAAUGCAUGUCUAAAGUCCUCCAGUUUGUGGAAACAUGUCAAAGUACUUCAUUUAAGCAAGAAUAUGCGUGUCGAGUUGCAAAAUGACCAAUCUGGAAACAUAUUCUCUAAACAACUCAUUGACAUUGGUAAUGGCAAAUUUCCUAUAGACAUGUUGACUGGCUGCAUUAACUUUCCUCUAAGUUUUUGUCAGUUAACUCGAUCAAAAGAUGAACUUAUUCAGAAGGUGUUUCCAGAUGUUUCUCAAAAUUACAGAAACCAUGAUUGGUUGAGCGAACGAGCUAUACUGGCUGCAAAAAACAUAGAUGUAAAUGAAUUAAAUUUCAAAAUUCAAGAACAAAUUACAGGCGAAUUGAUGAUAUAUAAAUCAGUUGAUUCGGCUACUAAUCAAGAUGAUGUAGUCAACUAUCCACCGGAAUUUUUAAACUCGCUGGAUUUGCCAGGAUUGCCACCUCACAAUCUUCAAUUAAAGGUUGGAUCGGUGGUUAUAAUGUUGCGAAAUAUCAACCAACCGCGUCUUUGCAACGGUACACGGUUAGCGAUAAAAAAAUUACUAAACAAUGUGAUAGAAGCAACUAUACUCAAAGGAAAGUAUAAAGGAGAAGAUGUUCUCAUACCGCGCAUCCCAAUGAUUCCGACUGAUGUGCCAUUUGAGUUUAAACGACUACAGUUUCCAGUGCGUCUUGCUUUUGCUAUGACUAUAAACAAGUCCCAGGGGCAAUCAUUAAGUGUUUGUGGUAUUAAUCUAGAAAACCCAUGUUUCUCACAUGGUCAAUUGUAUGUUGCCUGUUCCCGUGUUGGAAAACCAUCAGAUUUGUUUAUCUAUGCGCCAGGUAAUCAAACAAGAAACAUCGUAUACCACAAAGUACUACAAUGAUAAUAAUAAUAAUUAUGAUUCACAUGAUUAACAAUAA